AUGGAUCUGAUCAACUCUUCCGAUUACCAGGUCACUGUCUCUACAUUAGCAAGAAAUAGCACUCAUUUCCCAGCUCCUGCCUCAAAAAUAAUCGUUGUCCUUUUUUUGUUCAUGACAUCGAUAAUUGGUAUUAUCAGCAAUGGUCUCUACCUAUGGGUACUAAAAUUCAAGAUGAAAAGAACUGUCAAUACUCUUUUAUAUUUUCAUCUCAUUCUCUCAUAUUUUAUUUCAACAUCAAUUGUGCCAUUUAUAACCACCUCCUACCUUCAGGACAAUCACUGGAGCUUUGGAACUGUCAUGUGCAAGGUCCUCAACAGCAUUUUAUAUAUGGGGAUAUUCGCCUCCAGUUUCUUCCUCUCAGCCAUCAGUGUUGAUCGGUACCUUUUCACUCUUCACCCGGUGUGGUCACAGCUGCACCGAACCCCACGCUGGGCUUCCAUCAUAAUCCUGGGAAUCUGGAUCUCUGCCACUGUCCUCAGCACGCCCUAUUUGGUUUUCAGGGAGACAUAUGAUGACCAUGAAGGAAAGGUGACCUGCCAACAUAGCUAUGAUGUGUCCACUAACUGGGAAAGCAAAAAAUGGAUUCAUGUAGCCUGUUUCACCAGCCGCUUCUUGCUAGGCUUCCUUCUGCCUUUCUGCAUCAUCACCUUUUGUUACGGAAGAAUAGCCAACAAGAUGAAAAAGAGGAGCCUGUUUAAAUCCAACAAGCCUUUCAAAGUCAUGAUGACGGCCAUUAUCUCUUUCUUUGUGUGUUGGAUGCCCUACUAUGUAUAUAGGGGCAGCUUACUUCUCACUAAGAACCAAUCUCUACUUUUACAGUUGAUUUUGUUACUUGCAGUGAUUACCACUUCUUUCAACGCUGUCUUUUCUCCCAUACUCUACCUGUUUAUAGGGGAGAACUUUAAAAAGGUUUUCAAGAAAUCCAUUCUUGCUCUGUUUGAGUCAACAUUCAGUGAGGAUUCUUCUCCAGAAAGAACACAAAACCUAAGUUCGGAAACCUCCAUUUAA